CAUAGCCGACAUGUACGGCGACUGCGAGGAUCUCCUCGGCAAGUGGUUCGCCGCCAACCCAGGAAAACGUGACAACAUCUUUCUCUCCACCAAGUUUGGCAUAAUUCCCCAAAAGGGCAGCAUCAAGGUCGACUCGUCUCCAGAAUACUGUCGACAGGCCAUCGAAAAAUCUCUCAAGCGCCUCGGAGUGCCUUUUGUCAACCUCUUUUACGUUCAUCACCUAGACAAGGUCACUCCCAUCGAAAAGACAAUCGAAGCCAUGGUCGAGCUCAAAAACGCCGGCAAGAUCCAGCACCUUGGCCUGAGUGAAUGCAGCGCCGAUACUCUUCGCCGUGCUUCCGCCAUUCAUCCCAUCGCCUGCGUCCAAAUGGAGUACAACCCGUUUACUUUGGAGAUUGAAGAACCUCAGCGCCGUUUCCUUGAGACUUGUCGAGAGCUAGGCACGGCCGUCGUUGCGUACAGCCCUCUCGGCAGAGGCCUUCUCACAGGAACCAUCAAGUCGAAGGAGGAUAUCGCCAAAGCAGGUGAUAUGCGAACAAUGUUGCCUCGAUUCAGCGGCGAAAGUCUUGACAAGAACCUUGCCACCGUCGCAAAGAUUAACGAAAUCGCCAAUAGCAAGGGCGUCACUCCCGCGCAGCUGACACUGGCCUGGCUCCUUGCGCAGGGUGACGACAUCUUUGGCAUUCCUGGCACAACCACGGCCAGCAGACUCUCUGAGAAUCUGGAGGCAAUGAGCGUCAACUUGACGGCGGAGGAAGAGCGAGCUAUUCGUGACGUGGCAAAGGAUGUUACUGGUCCUCGAAUUCCCGAUAACUUUCCGGGUGUAAAUCUUUUCGGCGACACGCCACCGCUCGAGGCUUAAUCGCUCGAUUCACGGCCAGUGUUGGUGUAAAAAUUAUCAAUGUAUGAGAGAUAGACUCGGUGCUCUUUGAGGUUGCUUCCUCCAUAUAGUAGCUAGCUAUUCAGUCAUUUUGCAUAAAUCAAGAUCCAAACGUUGUGGCAUUAAACGUCUCUUCUAGUAAUAACGGGCGCUGAUCAUUCGAAUUCCACCCUUGACCUUCAUAGUUUUGUAAAUUUAGCUCCGUUGGCGGUGCGUUGAUAGCCUCGACGUCGCUUUUAUUCAAGGCCCACGCUUCCUGAAUGCCAUGGUAAAUCAAUUCUGUGCCAAUGGGCAAAUCUUCCACGUCGUCCACAUUGGAAUCUGCCAAAGUUUGCUCGGG